AGUUUGCGGCUAAUCUUACCCUUGCUUUAUUCACGUUUCGGCAAGUCGCGAAAAUAUUCUGUGGCGGUUGCGGCUGGUUCACCAGGUGUUUCACUAAGCCUAGUCCUAAUCCGCGAUUACAGCCGGUUAUCAGGAUCGACCUCAUUGCUUCUUGUAGUACUCGUCGUGACUCGGUCGAACGUGCGGUCCUUAAGUAUUAUAUCGUGCGAAAAGAAACACGAGUGUCAUUAGGGUGACGUCACCUAGCCGUGAACGGCUCGCAAUAAUCAUGGCGACAUUAACGUUAUUCGCCAGGCUUGUGUCAGUUCGUUCUGCACACGCAAAAUUGCUCGAGUUCCCGUGGUCCCAGUGUAGGGCCUUCCCUUAUGGACGCACGAUGAUGGCCUGUAUGUGUACGGAUCAAAAAUUCACGUAUGACUUGCUUGUAAUUGGCGGUGGGUCUGGUGGUUUGGCUGCAGCAAAGGAGGCAGUGAAUUUAGGUGCCAAAGUUGCUGUUCUUGACUUCGUGACACCUUCUCCACAAGGUUCAACAUGGGGUUUGGGUGGUACUUGUGUGAAUGUUGGUUGUAUACCAAAGAAAUUAAUGCAUCAAGCCGCUCUACUUGGAGAAGCUAUUCAUGAAUCAGCGGCAUAUGGUUGGCAAUUGCCAGACCCAAAAACUAUUGUGCAUGACUGGGAAGCACUAAGAACUGCUGUACAAAAUCAUAUAAAGUCUGUGAAUUGGGUAACACGUGUUGAACUUAGAACAAAACAAGUUGAAUACAUCAAUGCCCAAGGAUACUUUAAAGAUGAACAUACAAUAUGCGGAAAAAUGAAAAAUGGAGAAGAAAAAGUAUUUACAGCAAAAAAUAUUUUAAUUGCUGUAGGUGGUAGACCGAGAUACCCUGAUAUCCCCGGUGCUGUAGAAUAUGGAAUAACCAGCGAUGACAUUUUUAGUUUAAAGAAUGCUCCAGGAAAAACACUUGUUGUUGGUGCAGGAUAUAUUGGUUUAGAGUGUGCAGGAUUUUUAAAUGGUUUAGGAUAUGAUGCAACAGUGAUGGUACGUUCUAUAGUUUUAAGAGGCUUCGAUCAGCAAAUGGCAAAUAUUAUUGCUGGAGAAAUGGAAACACGAGGUGUACACUUCAUUUACCAGGCGAAGCCUUCGAAAGUUGAAAAACAAGAUGAUGGUAGGCUUCUCGUUCAUUGGGUCGACAAGGACGGGAAAACACAUCAAGAUGUUUACGACACUAUUCUCUUUGCUAUUGGCCGUAAACCACUAACACAAGAACUGAAACCUGAAAAUAUUAAUCUCAAACUUGUUCCUGAAACCGAUAAGAUUGAUGCGAUCGAUGAACAGACAAAUGUUCCCAAUGUAUAUGCUGUCGGUGACGUUCUCCAUAAAAAACCGGAAUUGACGCCCGUUGCUAUACACGCUGGACGAUUACUAGCAAGAAGGUUAUUUGGAAACUCGACGCAGCAAAUGGAUUACGUAAAUGUGGCAACAACAGUGUUUAGUCCCUUGGAAUAUGGCUGUGUCGGUCUCAGCGAGGAAGCUGCAAUUGCACACCAUGGAGAGGAUAAGAUAGAAGUUUACCACAUGUACUACAAACCAACUGAGUUCUUCAUCCCACAGAAGGACGUUACUAAUUGUUACUUGAAAGUUGUCGCAUUUAGAGGUGGUGACGAAAGAGUGCUUGGCCUGCAUUUUGUUGGUCCUCAUGCUGGUGAAGUUAUUCAAGGCUUUUCUGCUGCUAUCAAGUGCAAUUUAACAUUCCCGAAACUGAAAGAAACAGUUGGCAUUCACCCAACUGUCGCAGAAGAAUUUACUCGAGUGAACAUCACCAAACGUUCAGGACUUGACCCUAAGCCGCAGAGUUGUUGUAGUUAAAGCGCACAUAAUUUUAGGCCAUGCUGCUGAGAUCUUCAGUAAAUGUUCUAUGAACUGGUAAUUUGUCUUGGAACUAAUUUACCAGAAGAGGGUUUAUACUUAAUAAAUAUUUUUUUACUAAGUCCGGAUAAGAGACUUAUUAGGAUGCUACAGUAUUUUAAAACAAGAAAUUGUAGAGCAAUUUGCGACGCAUGGCGUCAUACGAGAUAUGUUUGCUUCCUUCGAAGCACGUAUUAUCUAAUCUGCGAUCUACCAUACAGUAAUUUUGAUAAAUAUAAUUUUCUCGGUAUCAACAUAUUCCAAUGUAUACAUUCGAAUACAAAUAAACAACACUAAAGAUAUUUUAAC